AGACAACCCCGCUUGGAUCAUACAGUCACACAGCAAAAACACGAGAGCAAAGAGGAAGAGAGUACAGGAAAAUGUCAAGGCAUCAGAUUUUCUUCUGAGAUAUUGCUUGGAAAACACAGUGGGACACCCAGAAAAACAAUAAAGAGAGAGAAGAGGAGCAGCAUGGACCGACCAGCAGUUGAGGUCUUCCACUACAAAGACAAGGAGCAGUCCUCCAACCUGCUACUGCAGCUCAACAGACUGAGGCAGGAGAACAUCCUGACUGAUGUGUCUCUGCGUUCAGAUCACACAGAGAUCCCAUGCCAUCGUAACGUCCUGGUCUCCAGCAGCCCCUACUUCAGAGCCAUGUUCUGCAACAACUUCAUAGAAAAACAGCAGACUAAGAUUGACUUGAAGGGCAUCUCAUCAGCCAUUCUGAGCAGUAUCAUUGACUAUGUUUACACAGGACUCAUCAGUAUCAGCAUGGAUAUUGUGCUGCCUCUGAUGCAGGCGGCAUCCAUGUUGCAAUAUGGCCGCCUUUUUGAAGCCUGCUCGAGCUUCCUUCAGGAGCAACUCAGUCCGGAGAACUGCUUGAGCAUGAUUAGACUCUCUGAGAUCAUGAAUUGUAACAGUUUGAGAGACAAAGCAAAGGAGAUGGCCAUGAAGAGCUUCUCCGAUGUGUCAGUAUCUGAGGAUCUGUGUGAACUCUCCUUACCAGAGCUCAUGGGAUACCUGGAGGAUGACAGCCUUUGUGCGGAGGAGGAGCAGGUCUUUGAGACACUUGUUGCUUGGAUUCAUCAUGAUCCUUUAUCCAGGCGAGGCGCCAUCAGUGACCUUUUCAAGAAAGUUCGCCUUCGCCACAUCCAUCCCACUUACCUCUUCCAAUUCAUAGCCAACGACCCCCUGAUCCAGUCCUCCAAUCUCUGCACCGAGCUCAUAGAAUCUGUGAGACGGCUGAUGUUUUCCGUCAGCACAGAAUGCAUUGCUGACGCAGACUUCAAACCUCUCUGGGUGGCACCGAGGCGCUACUCCUACUACGACAUGUUGGUGGUGGUAGGAGGGAGGAAGAAAAGCGAGCAGACCUCGAGGGAGGCACUUGUCUUUGAUGAGAAGACCGAGAAAUGGCAGAGGCUUGCUAAGCUGCCCAUUCGUCUGUACAAAGCCUCCUAUGUCGCACUUCACAGUGUUUUGUAUGUUAUCGGAGGCCUGACCACAAACACAAAGUCCAGCCAAGUCAGUCCGACCGUCUACACCCUCACCCUCAAAACCAACCAGUGGCGGACGGUAGAGCCCAUGCUGGAGCCACGCUUUGCCCACCAGAGUGUCUCCUACCUCCACUUCAUCUUUGUCCUGGGCGGCCUUGGGCCUGACAGACGACUGAGAGGCAGUGUGGAAAGGUACAACAGUAUGUUCAACCAAUGGGAGUCGAUGGCGCCCAUGCCUGAGGCUGUGCUGCACCCUGCAGUGGCUGCUACUAACCAGAGGAUCUAUGUGUUUGGAGGAGAAGAUGCCAUGCAGAACCCAGUCAGAAUAAUACAGGUGUAUCACAUUGCCAGGAACAUAUGGUAUAAGAUGGAGAACAGAACAGUGAAGAAUGUCUCUGCUCCUGCAGCCAUUGUGGAUGACAAAAUCUACAUCAUUGGAGGAUACACCAGGAGAAUGAUCGCAUACGACACCAAGGCCAACCGGUUCAUUAAGUGUGCCAACCUGAAGGAGAGGAGGAUGCACCACUCUGCCACCGUUCUCAACAACAAAGUCUACGUCACGGGCGGACGUCACAUCGACGGCCAUGACGUCAUCGAGGACUCGGACAAUUUUGAUUGCUAUGACCCACAGACAGACACUUGGACAUCUAAGGGGACUCUGCCGUAUAAACUGUUUGACCAUGGCUCACUGACUCUGACUCAUGUCUCACAGACAUGGGCAAAGUCAUAGCCGUGGCCGGAUUCAUAUUCCAAUGCUACUCAUUUGAAACCAGUUUAUUUAUAACUGUCAAUCAAGCAGAACAUCUUUAGAUACAAUUAUUUCAUUUUGUAGCAGAUCUGCACUAUUCCCACUUCCAUGAGGGAUAAGACUUCCAUGACACAUUAUAUCAAGCAUACCUCAAGUAAUUUAAAUAUAUACCACAUAUAUAUGAUUUUUCUUAUUGCCUGGGUCAUUUUUGUUUGAAAUGGGCUUUUUCAAUGUUUUUUUUAAACAACCAAACCUAUGAUAACAAUCUAUCCUGCUCCACAUCCCUGUCUCAACUUGUCUGACUUAAGAAAGGGUGAAAGUGCUAUUUUCAGCCUGCUCUAAAUCAUGAGAUUUCACUUGUCAUCUUUAAAUCCUGGAGCUGUGUACUGUUUUGGUGCAAGUCAAAGCUGUGCUCAGCUGUUAGUUCCGAACCUGCUGCUGUGUCUGGUGAACGUUUGGAUCCCUAUUUGUUGCUUCAAUACUAAAUGAUGAUGAAAAUGUUGUGAUAACACUGUUAACCAAAUAUUUCAGUGGUGAAAUCUGAAUAGAAGCAUAACUAUGUGUUUAAAAUGUAGCUUUAGAUGCCUUUAGACAAAAUACAACCGUUGGCAGUGUUUUUAGUUGUAUUUUUUUCACUGCUGUGGACCCAAUACCCUAUAGUACGAUAUAAUGCACAACAUAGUUCUGCAUCAUCAUAUAUCUAUCUACUGUAAGCAAAAUAAUAACUGACUCUGCUAUAUGAAUCUGUGGCUAAAAGAAUGGUCUCAAAAUGAUUAUUAUUUUUUUUAUAAAAUGUUUAAAACAAUAUAUUUUUGUAAUGCUUAUUGUGGGUUUAAACAUUGAUUUUUCAUAAUAAAAAUUCAAUAUAUA